AUGGAAGAUGUGAGAACCAGGAGAGGAGCUGAUAUAGCUUCAGAUCACCAUCUAGUUGUGGCCAAUUUAAAACUGAACCUAGAGAAGAACCAGACAACUGGACAAACAGCACUACAAAGGUUCAAUACAGACUUCCUUCAACAUGCUGACAAACUCAACAGGUUCAAAAUAACUCUCAACAACAGGUUCCAAGCCUUACAAGAUCUACUGAAAGGAGAAGAAACUACUAUGGAGGACAACUGGAAAGGUAUCCAAGAAGCAUUAACUUCAACGUGUCAAGAGGUUCUUGGUCGCAAGAAGCAUCAUCAUGAAGAAUGGAUCUCUAUCAAAACCCUAUACAAUAUUCCAGAAGAGAAGAACAAGAAGACAGCAACUAACAACAACAGAACAAGAACAGAGAAAGUGAAGGUACAAGAUGAAUCCACAGAAGCAAACAAGCAACUGAAGAGGAGUAUUAAGGCCUACAGGUAG